UGUAGAAGUUCACCUCAGGCCUGCCACAUGCAUCUCGCACUAGUAAUGUCAUAAGUGAUCCACAGUGUAAUAGCUAACCUGUUGAAUCAAUAUUAAUGAUUUUGUGUGAAUGGAAUGAAUUGGCCGCAUUUGGAAAAUAUGUUUUAUAUGUUUUUAUUUUUUCUUGUUUGAUUUAGGGUUUCAGACUUAUUCAAAUGUUGUUGUUUUUUUAUGAUUGAAUAAAAACUGAGUAAAUUGUUAUAGAAGUCUUGUUUUCUUCAACACUGAAGUAUUUUAAAGUGAUUUUGUCUGUUAAUAACUUUGAGUCUUACAUAGCAGACGUGAGCACAACUUUGAAGAAAACGUACAAUUUGUUUAAAGUAAAAUUAUUUUGCCAAAUAGAAACUAAAUUCUCUUCAGAGUUUAUAUACAAUGCUCAUUAUAAUUGUGAAUUAAAGGUGUUUAUUGUUCUUAUACUGUUAUGUUUUGGACACUAUCAUCAUUUGUCAUUGCAGUAUAUGAGGGUAUAUGUGGAACAGUGUGAUUUUCUGUCUCUUUUGUAGAAUUCAAUGAGAAAGAAGUGGAGAGAUUCCAUCACAUCCGUUCAUGUUGAAUCAGACAGACCUUUUUCUCUGCUCAGACCUACAAACCUACUUCUUUAGAUAUGACUUCAGGUUUAGCUGGAAUUAUUUUUAUUUUAUCUUCUUUUGUGCGCAUGUGUGCGGCUCUUGUGCGGGUGUGUACGUGUGACUAAUUAAUCACACCUUUUUUUGUUUUCUUUGAAAUCUCAGAUGUAUAAAUACGCUCACUUUUGCUUUCUUACAACAGAAAAAAGGAGUGCUAGAAAGAUCGAAUCACAAUGACGACUGUGAUUGUGCAGACACCUCAAAAGAGCGGCUGGAAUUCAGGAAUAUGUGACUGUUGCGAGGACAUGAAUUCUUGCUGCUAUGGGUUCUGGUGCUUCCCUUGCUUUACCUGCACCACUACUGGGAAUUUUGGGGAGAGCACCUGUCUGCCUCUGCUGGACAUAUUCGGCCCAGGUAUCAUGGCGGCUUUUGGGGUUCCAGUAUGUGUCCCGCCUGUGUCUCUUGGAAUGAGGGUGGCAGUUCGCCACAAAUACGAUAUUGGGGGCAGUAUCUGUGAGGACAUCAUGGUGACUUGCUGUUGUAUCUGGUGUUCGUGGUGUCAGAUGAGUAGAGAAAUCAAAGCACGCAAGCAAACGGUCACUGUACUGAACACAUAUCCAGUGAUGCAGCACUAUCCGAUGGCAACCUCCACACACAUCAUCUCGACACAGCAGCAGGUUGGAGUGAUCGGUGAUGCAACAUUUGCUCCUGCAGUCCACAUGGCACCAACCGCUAAAACAAAUAUUUAAUAGAAAUACUGCUACUCAUUUAAAUAAUGAUUAUAACAUGAAGAUAUACAGUAGACUAUACUAAUUGAUCAAUAGUGUAAUACAACCUGCAUAAUUAAUGUGUGAAUGGAAUUAAUGUGUGUAUUUGGAAAAUACCUGCAUCUUUCUUGUUUAUUCUCUGAUGAUUCUUGAUUAAAUAUUUUAAAGUGAUCUUGUCUGUGAGUAAGUGAACACAAUUCAUUUUUGACGAAAACUGUUUACAGGAAUAAAUGUAUGCGAUGUGCUUCAAAAACGGUAAUAAAAUGAGAUUUCUGGAAACUAAAUUGAAUUGUAUAAGUGAAGAUGUAAUAUAUAUUACUUUUACUUUAAAAUGUGAAUGCGUUUGGGUAUGCAAUUCAACAUUUGUUAACACAGCACAGUUCAUUUUGAAAAUCCUGCUGGCCAGGAAAAACUGGGGAUAAGAGAUGUUUCACAACAAAAUAAAAGAGGAAUUAUGGGAA